UAGCAGCACCUUAGUCAUUUCAAAACCGCCGCUAACUUCGUAGCUUCAGCCACGAUUGUUAUCGAGAGAGAUAAGCAAGGUUGGACGUGGAUGCAGUGAUUGAGUGUGAAAAUGCGUGUCUCUCAUUUCGCGGUUUCUUCAUCCUUCGCACCUUCACUGUCUUGUGCUUCAACCCUUCUUCGUUCUCGCCUCAGAACCCCAAGCAUUCGUUGCUGUACAACUCUAUCUGCAACUUCUUCCGAGACGCAAACUCCCGCUACAACUUCUGUAAAGAAGCGGGUAGUGUCGGGAGUUCAGCCCACAGGCUCAGUUCACCUCGGAAACUAUCUCGGUGCUAUCAAGAAUUGGGUUGCACUUCAGCAUGCAUAUGAUACACUUUUCUUAAUUGUGGACCUUCAUGCGAUUACAUUGCCUUAUGAUGCACAACAAUUAUCUAAGGCUACAAGGUCAACUGCAGCCAUUUAUCUAGCAUGUGGGGUGGAUCCUUCAAAGGCCUCAGUAUUUGUACAGUCUCAUGUUCGCGCACAUGUAGAAUUGAUGUGGCUGCUAAGUUCCACAGCACCAAUUGGUUGGCUGAACAAAAUGAUUCAGUUUAAAGAGAAAUCUCGCAAGGCGGGAGACGAAGAAGUUGGAGUUGCCCUUUUGACUUAUCCUGUUCUGAUGGCUUCUGAUAUACUUCUAUAUCAGUCUGAUUUGGUCCCUGUUGGGGAAGAUCAAAAGCAGCAUUUGGAGUUGACCCGUGACUUGGCAGGGCGGGUUAAUAAUUUAUAUGGAGGACGAAAGUGGAAGAAAUUGGGCGGCCGAGGUGGUACUAUAUUUAAGGUUCCAGAUCCCCUUAUACCUCCAGCUGGAGCCCGGAUUAUGUCCCUAACUGAUGGCCUGUCCAAGAUGUCAAAGUCUGCACCUUCCGAUCAAUCCAGAAUCAAUAUUCUUGAUCCUAAAGAUCUUAUAGCAAACAAGAUCAAACGUUGCAAAACUGAUUCAAUUCCAGGCAUGGAAUUCGACAAUCCUGAGAGGCCUGAAUGUAAUAAUCUUCUCUCCAUAUAUCAGAUCAUUUCUGGAAAGACAAAAGAGGAAGUUGUGCAGGAAUGCCAAAACAUGAACUGGGGUACAUUCAAACCUCUUUUAACCGAUGCCUUGAUUGAUCAUUUGCAACCCAUUCAGGUUCGCUAUGAGGAAAUCAUGUCUGAUUCAGGUUAUUUAGAUGAAGUUUUGGCAAAGGGAGCUAGAAAUGCAGCAGAAAUAGCAGAUGCCACACUUCAAAAUGUUUACCAAGCAAUGGGAUUUUUGAGGAGACAGGGAUAAUUGAUGAUCUCUAUAUCUCCGGCAAGAGUCAGUUUUCACCGAGAUUACUAUUGGGGCUGCCUCUUUUAGGUCCAGUGGUCCAAAUCUGCUAGUCAACAAUCAUCACUGCUCUCUCCAUCUAACGUCGGUCAAAACUAACCCUGCUACCAAUUUAACUGUUUUUGCUUGUUUUUCUGUUGGGAUUCUAUUUUUGUGGUCCACUUGCCUUGCAUCGGUCCUACUCUAAUUACUUAAGUUAUUUAUAACACAUUAAUCAUGUAACAAAAUCAAAUCAUGAUAUUGAACAUUUCCAUGUGAUUGAACAAAAGAAUAAAUUGAAAUCUAAAGCAUCU